AUGCCAUCCCUCCAAGCAGCCAUCGAUCUCUUGCCCGUCAACGGCAGCAAGCCGGAGAAUGGCAAGGCCGAUCAAAGGCUAGACAAUGCCUGCGAUACCGACAACCUCCCCACCAACCUCUACCCCAGCAUCACCACCUCCAACCAUCCCAACCUCAACGAGUUCGCUUCCUCCCACCUCAUCAACUUCGGCACCACGUUCCUCCCCGACCUGAUCAUCUCGGCCUCCCACCUCUCCCUCUUCACCGCCCCAUCCCCUGGUUCCUCGUCCCCGUACGGCCGAGCGAUAACUGACUGGACGUCUGGCCAAAUGUCUUCCCUCCUCGGGCACUCGCACCCCGAAAUCGUCUCAGUAAUCACCUCCCACGCUUCCUCUCUCGACCACCUCUUCUCCGGCAUGCUCUCGCCGCCCGUGUUGAACCUGGCCAAGCGGCUGAUAAGUGUCCUGCCAGAGGGAUUGGACAGAGCCAUGUUCUUGUCCACGGGUGGUGAGUCGAACGAAGCCGCGAUCAAGAUGGCCAAGACGUAUACCGGGAAGUUUGAGGUCGUGGGUUUGGGAGCGAGUUGGCAUGGUGUUACUGCGCAGGCGAAUAGUGUGCAGUAUCAUGCUGGACGGAGGGUGGGAUGGCCGUUGGUGCCCGGGGGGUUGAUGUUGCCGAGUCCGAAUGCUUAUCGGUGUCAUGAGGGUUUCAGGAGAAAAAAGACGACUGGGAAUGGGGAGGGAAAUGGGGCGAAGGGUGGAGGUGGGGAAGAAGGGGUCGAGGAAAAUGGAAAAGAAAGUCAGGGGGAAGAUGAAGAGGAAUGGGAAUACGACUGGGAAGCAGAAAUGCUCUACGGCUGGCGGCUGAUUGACCAACAGUCAUGCGGCUCACUUGCAGCCGUCAUCGUUGAGCCAAUCCAGUCCUCCGGCGGUAUGCAUGUGCUUCCGCCCGGGUACCUCCGCAGGCUCAAAAUUGAAUGCGAAAAACGCGGUAUGCUGCUCAUCGUCGACGAAGCCCAAACCGGCAUCGGCCGCACGGGGGAAAUGGUCGCCGUCAACCACGACGGCGUGGUGCCGGAUAUUUUGACGUUGUCAAAAACUUUGGGAAAUGGAUUGCCGUUGUCAGCGGUCAUUACGAGCCAUUCCAUCGCCAACGUUUGUGCGGAGAGGGACUUCCUCUUUUACACCACGCACGUGAACGACCCUUUGCCUGCUGCGGUGGGAGAUAAAGUGUUGGAGAUCGUCGUCCGAGAUGACUUGGUCUCGCACGCUCGACGGAUGGGGGAGAUGUUGCACUCCGGGCUCAACCAGCUCAAAAAGCGGUAUGCGUGCAUCGGCGAUGUUCGUGGGAGGGGGCUCAUGGCCGGGGUGGAAAUUGUCGAGGAUCGGAGAAAGGGGAAAGAACCUGGGAUGGAGCUGGCGAAGAGGAUUGGGGAUCGGGCGUAUGAACUUGGGUUGUGGUGUAACUUGAGUACGCACCCCAGCUUUGGAGGGUCCUUCAGGAUUGCGCCGCCUAUCACCAUCAGCGAAGAAGAGGUUAGAGAGGGACUGGCGGUCUUGGAGGAGGCGUUCAGAGGGGUUGAGGGGACGUUGCCGCUGUAUUGA